UGCUGUUGCAGCGGCUGUGCUGAGAGGGGGCAGACGCACCAGCAGGGGCACGCUCCCACCAAAGACACACGCACACACCCCACAUCGUUUUCAGCAGCAUCAAGACACACUCGCUGAAAGAAAGGCAAACUGCAGCCGGAUUUCAGAAAACGGUCUGAUAUAAAAUUAGAACAAAGUUCUGAGAUUCACGCCGAACAGAGUUGAUUCUUCUUCUUCACACAUUGAUCAUUCUUCCUCUGCUGUUAAACCUGGAGGAAAGAUUAUCAUUGCGUUACCGACACAUACAAACAUGGACAAAAGACAAAAAUGGGCACCAGGUCUCCAAGGUGUGCUAUUGAUACUGCUGAGUCACAUGACUACAGGACUUGAAGUGCCUCUUGAUCCUAAAGUACUGGAAGGAUUACCUCAACCCCCCACCAUAACACUGCAGUCCCCAAAGGAUUUCAUCUUUGAUCCGCGGGAGAACAUCGUCAUUCACUGCGAGGCCAAAGGGAAUCCUCAUCCCAGCUUUUCAUGGACGAGGAAUGGGACCAACUUUGAUGUGGAGAAAGACUCCAAAGUCCUGAUGAAGCGUGGUUCAGGAACACUGGUUAUCGACAUCAGUGGAGAAAAGGCUGAGGCCUAUGAGGGGACAUAUCAGUGUACAGCUAGCAACGAGCAUGGCAAAGCUCUAUCCAAUAACAUUGUCAUCAGACAGUCCAGGUCCCCCUUGUGGUCGAAGGAAAGAAAUGAGCAGAUUGUGGUGAAGAAGGGGCUUUCCCUCUUGCUUCCAUGUCGACCCCCUGCAGGCCUGCCUCCUCCUGUCAUCUUCUGGAUGGAUAACAACUUUCAUAAGCUGCCGAUGGAUAAGCGCGUGUCCCAGGCCCUGAACGGAGACCUGUACUUUUCCAAUGUUCUCCCAGAAGACACCCGGAGCGAUUACAUUUGUUAUGCUCGCUUUCCGCACACGCAAACCAUCCAGCAGAAACAGCCCAUCUCUGUCAGAGUGUUCACCGAAAAUCCAGAAGAGGAGCGUAGCCCUGGUUUCAUGUUUCCUUUAGGCAUUAUGAGCACCAAGAUGGUUCUGAGAGGGGAGACUCUAGAAUUGGAAUGCAUCGCUGAGGGAUUGCCAACUCCAGCCAUUUUGUGGCAAAAGGAUGGAGGGAGGCUGCCGAGUGGCAGGACAGGGUUUCACAACUUCAAUAAAACACUGAAGAUUUCUGAUGUGAAUGAAGAUGAUGCUGGUGAUUACCGCUGUACAGCCACCAACAAGCUGGGCUCUGAACAACACAUCAUUAACGUUACGGUUAAAGCGGCUCCUUUCUGGAUCAGUGCUCCCAGAAACCUCAUCCUGGCUCCGAACGAGACCGGCAUCUUAACCUGCCGGGUUAGUGGAAAACCUAAGCCAAAAAUUAACUGGUUUGUCAAUGGUCGUCCAAUAGAAGAUGCUUAUGAAGAUAAUGGCCCAAAGAUAGAGGAGGACACUGUGAUUCUCACCAAUGUACAGUCCGGGAGCAGUGCUGUCUACCAGUGUAAUGCAUCCAAUGAGUUUGGUUACUUGAUGGCUAAUGCUUUUGUCAGUGUUCUAGCUGAACCACCAAGAGUUCUUACUCUGCCAAACCAAGUAUACAGAGUCAUCAUGAACAACCCGGUGCUGCUUCACUGUGCCUCCUUUGGCUCGCCAAUACCGUCCAUCACAUGGUUUAAGGAUGGUCAGACAAACAUUAAGAACGGUGACCCAUAUGUGAUCCAUGAGAACGGCACCCUAGAAAUCAUCGUGGCCCAGCCACUGCAUAGUGGAAAGUACACCUGCACUGCCACCAAUAAUCUGGGGUUCAAAGAGAAUCAUGUCUUCCUGGAAGUUAAAGAACCCACACGGAUCCUCACGCAGCCGAAGUACAGACUGGUGCAGAGAGGAAUGAGUGCGUUGUUUGAGUGUAAAGUCAAACAUGAUAACACCCUUGUUCCCACCAUGACCUGGCUAAAAGAUAAUGGAGAACUGCCAGACGAUCAGAGGUUUGAGGUGGGCGAUGAGAGUCUGACCAUCAGAGACGUGACAGAUGAUGAUGCAGGCACUUAUACCUGCAUUAUAAACACCAUUCUGGAUCAGGAUUCUGCAAGUGCUAUGCUGACUGUUGUUGAGGCAACCCCUACUCCAACAAUUGUUUUAGAAAAGCCGGACUCUCCCACUGACCUGGAACUCACUGAUCAGAUGGAGAGAAGUGUUCAGCUCACCUGGAUCCCUGGAGAUGAAAACAAUAGUCCUAUACAAAAAUUUUUGAUUGAGUACAUGGAUCUACUCCACCAGCCAGGGGUUUGGGUCAACCUCACAGAAGUGGCUGGAACCAGCACCACCGCCCAGCUGCAGCUCUCUCCGUACGUCUACUAUACAUUUAGAGUGCGUGCUCAGAAUGAAGUUGGCUAUAGCAACCCCAGUGACCCCUCAGCACAAUACAGAACCAACCCUUCAGCUCCAGAUGAAAAUCCAACAAAUGUGAAAGGAGCAGGGACAGAGCCUGGCAACUUGGUCAUCUCCUGGAGGCCCCUCACAGGAUUCCAGUCGAAUGGUCCUGGACUGGAGUACAAGGUGCAGUGGAGACAAAAGGACGUUGAAGAUGACUGGACCUCAAAGAAUGUUGUCAACGUUUCCCAACUAAUUGUCUUUGGAACGCCAACGCAUGUGCCCUAUGAAAUUAAAGUUCAGGCUUUUAAUGACUACGGCAAUGGUCCUGAACCUGCAGUGGUGAUUGGUUUCUCGGGAGAAGACCUGCCUUUGUCUGCUCCUGAUAAUGUCCAGGUCACUGUUCCUAACAGCAAACUGGCAAAAGUGCAGUGGGAGCCUGUAUCGAAUCCCUCUGUCAGAGGGGAACUGAAAGGAUACAGGGUAUACUACCGUCGAGUGCAUGGCCAGCACAACCCGCAGAAGGAAGCAGAUCACCAGGAGCAAGUUUUAACAUUCAGUGGAAACUGCAGCGAGGGAAUGCUACCAGGCCUUCAGCCUUACAGUGUCUACAACCUCUUCAUCAAGGUCUUCAAUAACAAAGGAGAAGGACCUCCUAGCCCCAACAAGACUUUUGAAACCCCUGAAGGAGUACCCGGUCCUCCUUCUUUUCUGAGUGUGAUGAACCAUAGUUUGGACACUCUCACACUUAAAUGGGGCCCACCUUUGAGCAACAAUGGACGCCUUACUGGAUACACCCUCAAAUACCAUCCGGUCAACACCACAAAUGAAAUGGGGACAGUCAAGGAACAGACCUUUCCAGCCAACGUGACUACCAUCACCUUGAGCAGCCUGAACGUCAGCGUGCUCUACAAAUUUUACUUAAAUGCUCGGACAAGACAAGGUUCCGGCCCUGAUAUUACUAAAGAGGCAUUUACAGCCAUGGAUACUGCUCUUAUUCAUUCCACUAUACAGCCAGACAAAGGCCCCACAGAGCCCCCUCACACAACCUUUCCCAUCACUCAGUCUCUGCAUCUCCCGCUUCACAAGGUGCCUUCUGUUGGGCCUGUGUUUGGAACAGUUAACACAUCUGUAUCAGAGGAAGGCCCAGUGAUCAGUUGGGAAUACUUUGGACACCAUAAGAGUUUAUUUGUGGAAUAUGUUGUAGAAAACAGUGAUGAUGAAUGGAAAAGGGAGUCAGUAAAUGGUACACAUUCACAUACUAUUAAAGGUCUAAAGCCGGGGACGUCCUAUUGGGUGCGUGUGGUAGCUAGAAAUGGAGCCAACCUGGCGGUCCACGAGACCACCAAAGUGUUGGUUACAGUGCCAGCGGUGCCCAACCGGCAGGUAGACAUUGCCACACAGGGCUGGUUUAUCGGACUGAUGUGUGCCAUUGCUCUCCUGAUCUUGGUGCUUCUCAUAGUGUGCUUCAUCAAGAGAAACAAAGGUGGCAAAUAUCCAGUGAAAGAGAAAGAAGAUGCUCACCAAGACCCAGAGAUCCAGCCCAUGAAGGAGGACGAUGGAACAUUCGGAGAGUACAGGUCAAUGGAGAGUGACACAGAGGACCACAAGCCACUGAAGGGCAGCCGGACACCCUCCAACGGCACGGUGCGGCGCGAUGAGAGCGACGACAGUUUAGUGGACUACGGGGAGGGCGGGGAUGGACAGUUCAAUGAGGAUGGCUCCUUUAUUGGCCAGUACAGUGGCAAGAAGGAGAAGGACACACACGAGGGCAACGAGAGUUCGGAGGCGCCGUCACCUGUCAACGCAAUGAACUCGUUCGUCUAAUAGGGCUCGCCGCCUGGCUGCAGCGGUUGCUACCGCCAUCCCUCGUCACCCUGGCAAAUGUGACCAUCGCGGUGGUGACAGUUGCUAAGGCGACAGCUGUUGUGGACACCUACUUUUACCCCGUAGUAGCCGUCACAAUGGUGGUCAAGGCUACCUUACACUAAGACUGCUGACAUGUCCUCAUCUCCACACCCGUCAGCCCCAGUCACACUGUGACCUCCCAGUGAACACACUCUUAAAUACCCCCCACAACCACUAAAAGAAAAAAAGAGGAACGUUUGGAAUAAAAGAGACAGCAAGCAAUAGCGAAAAGCAGAUGAAAAUGUACCAGAGGGGGUUUUACCACUCAGACUGAAGAUAAGUGUGGCCAAGUGUAUGUGUGUGUUAGUGAUCUCUUUACAAACAUAAUAAAUAUAACAAAUAUAUAUAUAUGAUGGAAGUAUGGCAUAUGACACGCAGGCAGGCUAAUAUAAGUAAAUCACAUUCAUAAGCAUCUGCAUGGAGCAAAUCGUGUGUCUGUUAAGCAUUUAACUUUCUUCUUGUCAUUAUUUUUUUGCAGAAGUACGCUGCGUCUUACACUGUAUUUGGUGCACGCCUGUGAGCCAGGGUGUUAUUUUCUUAUUUGCAGAAAAGUGUUAUAUGGUGUUUGAGAUGUAGAAGAAAAAAUGGCAGCAGUGGUAUUGUGAACCCAGCUCCGAAAAGUGUGACUCAAAGUAGAAGCUAGUAGAUGUUUUUAUUUCACUAUCUUUCUUUUUUUUUAAUACAGAGGGACUUUUUGAACAUGUGUGAUAUAAAAGAAAAAGAAAGCUAUAUAUCCAGGUCAUUCGUGCUGCCUGAGAACCUGGAAACAAAGAAGCAGAGAGCCAGCCUGGUGUCCCACACUUAGAGCCUUGCUAAAACACUCACAACCAUUAAACUAUUUAAUUUUCUCA